AUGAAGAAGGCAGAAUCAGAGCAAACAGUCCGACAAACGCGACAAGGGACCAUCAUGUCAGGAACCGCAACGAAGAAAUGGGACAAUGACAACAGCAGCAGCAGUAGCAGUAGUGUACGUUUGAGAGCUCCGCGAAAGCACAAGACUGCCACUGCUGCUGUCACGAUGAUUAGCAGUAUAGAACCGCGAGAAGUUGACAUUUUGUGUGGAAAAUCCAAGGAAUGCGUAACCCAUCCUGGCAACAGUCGGUAUCGACAAUUCAUUGACGCUUUCCAACCCAAAUACGCCAAAUGCACCAACAAGCAAUCCAAGAUGGAUGUCACCAAGGAAAUCGUCACGACUCUCUCACGAACGAGUCGAUUCCUGCGGUACAAUACGGAAGCACAAUGCUACGAAGAACUCAGUCACUUGGAAGCCAGAGACAAGACAUCUCAUGCUCUGCGGACGGCCUGUAAACGGGUCAGUAAGCAACAAAAGAAGAGAGCCACAAAGCAAAUUACCAACAUCUCCACAUCACCGAUACGGUCCAUGGCGUCUCCUCCUCAGCACUAUUCACCACAAUAUCAUCAAUCGUCGUCUCUCGCACGGCCGCCCGUGGUGGCACGAUCCAGUUCCAUCAACGACCCUCAAUACCAGCCGCUGUCUCUUCAUGAAGACAGAUUUGAUGACAAUACCUGUUUUGGCGACUUGCUAUCCUUGUUGAAGGAACCAGUCCUGGAUGGAGGGUCAGAGUAG